AAGCCAAGGCGGAUCACAGCGCUCAGGAGCUGCUCAGGAGCUGCUCAGGCACAACCGGCCGAGCUCCUCCAGCGUCAGAGCCGUGUAACGGGUGGAAAGUGCCUUUUGAUUUCUCCAAACCCCUUCCCUAGUGGACCUUCAAAAUGAUUGGCGUGAAUAGUGUUCAGAGUGCCAGCAAGGUUCGAGUGAGGACCUCAGGUUCUGUGAAAUACUCCCGGGAGGAUUCUAUCCGGCGGCAGUCCCACCGGUCAAAGUCUAUGAAAAUUUCCAACUCCUCAGAGUUUUCUGCUAAGGAGACCAAGGCUCUGUACAAUUCAAUCAAGAAUGAGAAACUUGAAUGGGCAGUAGAUGAUGAAGAGAAAAAAAAGUCUCCUUCGGAAGGUACUGAUGAGAAGGCCAACGGAACACAUCCAAAGACCAUCAGCCGAAUUGGCAGUACAACUAACCCAUUUUUGGACAUUCCUCAUGACCCAAAUGCUGCUGUGUACAAAAGUGGAUUCUUGGCUCGGAAAAUCCAUGCAGAUAUGGAUGGAAAGAAGACUCCAAGAGGAAAGCGAGGAUGGAAAACCUUUUAUGCUGUCCUGAAGGGAACUGUCCUUUACUUGCAAAAGGAUGAAUACAAGCCAGAGAAAGCCUUGUCUGAGGAGGACUUGAAGAACGCUGUGAGUGUGCACCACGCCCUGGCUUCCAAGGCCACCGACUAUGAGAAGAAGCCCAAUGUGUUUAAGCUCAAAACUGCCGACUGGAGGGUCCUGCUCUUCCAAACCCAGAGUCCUGAGGAGAUGCAAGGAUGGAUAAACAAAAUUAAUUGUACUGCAGCAGUAUUUUCUGCACCACCAUUUCCAGCAGCCAUUGGGUCUCAAAAGAAGUUCAGCCGCCCACUUCUGCCUGCCACUACAACGAAAUUAUCUCAGGAGGAACAGCUGAAGUCUCAUGAAAGCAAACUGAAGCAGAUUACCACAGAGCUGGCUGAGCACCGCUCAUAUCCUCCUGACAAGAAGGUCAAAGCCAAGGAUGUGGAUGAAUACAAGCUGAAAGAUCACUAUCUGGAGUUUGAGAAAACCCGUUAUGAAAUGUAUGUCAACAUUCUGAAAGAAGGGGGCAAGCAACUCCUGAGUAAUGAGGAAAGUGAGACCGCAGGACUGAAGAAGUCACAUUCAAGCCCUUCGUUGAACCCAGAUUCUUCUCCAAUCACCGCCAAGGUCAAGCGCAAUGUGUCAGAGAGGAAGGACCACCGACCUGAAACACCAAGCAUUAAGCAAAAAGUUACUUAAAAUCUGUCUGCGGCCAGGAAGUGCUGGUCAUGGAGCAAAAUAGGGGUUUUCAAGAUCUUUCUGGUAAUCCGUGAAUAUAUUUAAAAAAAAUUCUGUGACUAAAUGGUGCAUUAGUAACUUUUUCUAUUUGUAUUUUUUUGUUAGUUUCUGUAGAGAUUGUCUUUGCUCUUGAUUUCUAUGCUUUCUAUGAUGACUUCUGCGACUCGGUAACUAAUGCACCUUUUUUGUGUGUGAGGAGACAGAGGAUCGUGAUUCCACAAUCACGUAUCCCUUCUCCUUUGAUUUUGUUUUGUUUGUACUUUGCUCAGUUUUAUGUAUUCGCAAUUAACUGGUCUACUUUUGUUUUUAAGAUUGAAAAAUUCAAUCCAUUGUGAAACUUAACUGGAGAAACAUUGUGGUUUAGUAAAUUCUAGCCAGAAUUAGCCUAAGUCUUUAUAUGGGAAAUCUCACCCAGUCACAGAGGUGAAAUUGAGUACUGACUGACACAUGCUUAAGUAAGA